AUGACAACCAUGGCCUUGGAGAAGCCUGAUGGAGGCCUGGGCAGCUGCCAGGCGGGGACCCCCAGGCUGGCCGACUCCGGCAGCUGGUCCUACGAUUCUCAGGAGCCAGAGGCGGAGGGUAGCCCUGCAGGUAAAGUGGAUACCAGGCCCAAGAAGACAGAAAAGGAGUCUGUGGCCAAAGGGGCCCCAGGACCCGGCAAGGAGAGGCCGAAAGCAGGAGCAACCCCGAGGAGCCCGGCGCGCAAGAAGGCCCAGGCCGCGCCGCCCCCGCAGCCGCCGCCGCCGCCCCCGGCCCUGAGCGAGGAGCUGCCCUGGGGGGACGUGUCGCUCAACAAGUGCCUGGUGCUCGCCUCGCUGGUGGCGCUGCUGGGCUCGGCCUUCCAGCUGUGUCGCGACAUGGUGAUUGGAGGGGCGGACGCCCCUGUCCCUGCCCCUGCGCCAUGGGUCCCUCCAAGCUCUGCGCCAAAAAAGUCAGCGUCGCCCCCGCUGAAGCCCGAGGCCUGGACGCCCCCGCCGGGACCAGCUGCGCCCCCGGUGCCCGCGGAGGAGACAAAGGCUCCCAGGAGUGCGGAGGCUGCAGGGAAGGAGGCCGGGGACCCUGAGGAGGCCGCUGGGGGGGAGCGCGCGCCCCUCGCCCACGAAGGGCCCCAGGGGAGGCCGCAGAAGGAGAGGCCGCGGAAGGAGAGGCCGCGCAAGGAGAGGCCGCGGACCGAAGAGAGACCAUGGAAGCCGGAGAAGCCCCGGCCCGCCAGGGGGCCCCGGGAACCUCCGCCCCAGCGAGGGAAGGAACGAGAAGAGGGCCAUCGGCCGUGGGAGCGGGACUCCGGAGAGGCCAAGCACAGGAAGAGGCAGGCCUGGGCCUCUCCGCGACGCCCCAGCGCCGAGGACUGGCCUCCGGGCCGCCGGAAGCACCGCGCCGGGAAGGGGCGCGACUGA